CUUGUGUUGUGAUUGCUGUUACAUUUUCUGAGGAAGCUUAAACUUUCGAGUAAUGGGACAGAGUGGCUCGAGGGAGUCUGCAGAUCUGAGGCAUAGACUAAGACGAGGGAGCCUGAAAAAGUUUAUAUGGCAGUUUCGUGUUGUUUUGGUGGGUGACUCUGCAGUGGGUAAAACCUCUAUUGUUCUGCGGUUGACCGAAGGGACUUUCUGUGAGAUCCUACAGAAAACCAUCGGCGUAGACUACUACAUUUACAUCCUGGAAGCCAUGCCGACGGUCAGAGUGAAGCUUCAAGUGUGGGAUACUGCAGGCGAAAAAGAAUACAGGACCAUCACCCAGUCCCAUCUGCAGACCAUGCUGGGUGGGCUGCUGGUGUUCGACCUGACCAGGCGCCGGACUCUGGACUACAUCAGGAACUGGCUGAACGAGGCCAGCGAGGCCCUGGAGCUGAGCCACCGCAACUUCAUCCUCGUCGGCAACAAGAGCGACCUGUCGGCCGAGCGGCAAGUCCCCCGAGAGGAGGCGGAGCUCGCCGCGGCCGAGAUGGGGCUGCGUUAUGCUGAGACAUCGGCCAAGGAGGACGAGAAUAUCCAGGACGUCUUCCUGAUUCUGGCGUCCUCCAUAGCCGAAGUGACGGAGGUCAAGGGAGGGAUCCGCGGAUUGCCUGAGAUGAUCCGCCCGGUAUUUUUUACGCAAUGAACCUUCGGCUUGAAACUUUUUUGCUGGGGGGAGAGAGAGAGGAAGAGAAACGGGAAUUCUUCUGGGAUCGAUAAUGUAACGCAACUUCGGUUGUAAUUGACAAGUUUUGGUGAAAGAGGGGAUGGAGGGAGAGAGAAAGAGAGAGAUAGAGAGGGUGGAAUAAGUUCUAUCUGUUUGUAGCGGAUGCUUCACUGAAUUGGGAGUCAGCAGAACCGAAUUGUGUGUUCCCAGCCAAUCCGUUAAUUCGGAUUUGCGGCAAAGGUGAUGUUUACAUUCAGUAUUUUGCUAAUCAAGGCAGAAAUCCGGAGCGAGUUGUACUGUAUUCCCACCAGACCCCACCACCCAUCCACUGAUCCAUUUCCACCUGCACUGCAUGGAAGCAUUUAAGUCCAGCUUCUAAUGCAAAGAUGUGGGGGAAGCACAAUAAUUUGUGGAUUGGGUCAAGGUGAUCUGAUCUGCAUUCACCAGGUAUUGUCCUGACAUAACAUACAAGUGUAGUGCAAGGUCCACUUUUGUACUAAUGUACGCAAUGCCCGAGAGCAGAAAUUUGCAGGGAUUUAGAUGUGUGCACUGGUAAAGUUGGUAAGGCUGAGGUUUUAUCCUCCAAUGUUUUAUGCUCGUUCACAAGAUGCAGCAUAUAAGACACUCCGGAUUCGUUAUAAAGUGGUGGUCUGAGGAGUUACUACUAAAUGGGUUUUAUGUCAACUGUAGAGCAUCCAAUCUGGACGUCAGAGAGCAGGUUAAUGUCCCCAUUGCUGGGUUGAGCCAGAGUGAGAACCCCCAAACUCUGCACAAGGAAAUAAAGCAGCCAAACACUGGGGUAAUGCCACCCUAAUGUGGGUCAGUUUCCCAGUCAAUUCACACAGAUUACACUUUGCACUUGUGUCCGAUAUCAAACCCACCCUUCACUGUGCACGUCUCGAACACACCAAUUGGGCUAAGAUCCAUCACUAGGCUAUAUCUAACGAUUCGUAUCUGACUUUUGAGCACUGUUUUAUGGAUAGUGGCGAUUAAAUAUUUUCUUAUAUUUGCUCGAACAUUUUUAA